AUGGCGGCACAUCAAGUUAUUGACAAAUUAUUGACGAAUUUGACCAAACUAGGCUGUCCCAUUGGGCAAAAAUUACAACCUGCCAGUCUAGAAUGGCUGUUUGAAGAAGAUUCCAUGCUAUCUUUCCUUGCUUGGCUAGCCGAUAGUGUCGAUAAUAACAAUGUACUAAGUUCUGAAGAAAAAGAUAGAUUUGAGAAACUUGUGACAGAAAAGGGAGAGAAAGUCUUAAGGGGAAGAGAUUUAGAAGCUGCAUUACAAACUAUUGACCAAACCGACCAAGAAACCCAAAUAGACGAAAGCGAAGAUCUUCUAAGGGCCGAUUUACAUGCAUUACGUAAGGAAAUUGCUACAGCGAAGGCAUACAAGGCUAAAAUUAUCAAUCACAGGAAUGCUUUGAAUAUUCACCAAAUUUCACUCUCCCAUAAAUUGGAUCCCCUGGUAGACUUGAAUAAUUUGAAAAGGCAAGAAAAUAACAACAUAGCACAAGAAAAUGAGGAAGCAAAUAAAAAAGUAAAUAAGAGUCUACAGAUGAUUACGCAGAACGUUCGUUCGCUAGCGCAGUUAUAUGAUGCAGAUAAUCCGCCAUUCCUUUAUCAGCAAUCUUUAUCUGAUUAUCAUGCAAGUACUGAAAAAUUUUUAAGGACUCUAACUAAUUUUAUCAAAAAGCAAUUUUUCGAGGGUAUUUCAGAGAUUGUUGGCCCUGAAAAUGAAUCCUAUUACCAGUUACUUGAUAUCAAUAAUCCAUUGGAGGAAUUAUUAAGAGGAAAGUCUGAAGAACGGUAUUCCCAGGAGCGUCAAGAGCUAUCUAGAUUACAACAAAUAUAUCCAUUGAGCAAAUUACAACAAAUUAAGGCAAAGGCACGCUUAAGUGGUAUUCAAAGCGCUAUCAACUUUGCGAAAGUACAACUUGGAUCACAUGAGUUCCUCCUUCAGCGAAAUGUAGUCUUUCUAAGGCAGUUGGAAAAGGAAAAGAGUGAGAUCCUCCAUCAGAUUCGUGACGAUAUUAAUACCAUACAAAGUACAUCCCUGAGCAAUGCCCUAAAACGGGAAGCUCGCUUAAUCGACACUCCAAUAUUACGAGGAGAUUAUGAUCUCAAAAUUGCGCGUCAGAACUACUUCACUUCCAAACAAGAUGAGGUGAUAAACAAAUUAAUGUUUUUACGUUCAUAUCCGUCCAAUACCAAGCAGGAAGAGCCCAACGCCUUCAUCACAUACGCUUCGCUUGUUGAUGCUGUAGGCAAUUUAAAUCGCCUCGUUUCUUCCUUUAGUGUUGCAUUAACUUCAUUCGAAUCUCACAACGAAGAAAAAUUGCGACGAUGCCUACUUAGUUGUACUAGCCUGGAAGAUAAGAUUUUCUCUGGAAAUCGCACAACUAAAAAUUUGCAGCUAUCACCAAAGCAAAUCUUAGAUAAUUUAACGGAAAUUGAAGAAUUAUUAUUGUCUCUCGAAAAAACUCUCAAAGAAAUUAUAUCCGAUUUUGACAAAAAGAAAAAGGUUUUACAAGCUGAUCAAUAUGUUGCUUUUGAGCGACGAAUAUUUGUUUUAUUUUUGACUGAUUCCAAUCAAUUACAAAAGUACGUUGCCGAGCUGAAAGAACGGGUUGCUGCACAGAGGAUCAUUUAA